AAGGUUUUAUCAGGUUCGGGUGGUGUCGCGGCUGCUGGUCCUGGGAGCCAAGGCAACGGAGAUCUUCCCAACUCGCGAGAGCGCCCCCUUCUCCCACGGCUUCGGGGACCCAGCAACAGCUAUGGCUCCGGUGUCUGGCUCCCGCAGCCCGGAGUGGGAGGCCUCGGGCUCCGGGGGGAAGCGUCGCAGUUCGUCGAAGAGCCCUAAGCCCAGCAAAUCCUCUCGCUCCCCGCGGGGCCGCCGCUCUCGCUCGCACUCUUGCUCUCGGUCCGGGGACCGGAAUGGCCUUAGCCAUCAACUGAGUGGCCCCAGCCAAGGCUCCCGAAACCAGUCCUACCGCUCCCGCUCGCGGUCACGCUCUCGAGAGCGGCCCUCCGCGCCGCGGGGCGCCCCUUUCGCUUCUGCCUCCUCGUCCGCCUAUUAUGGCGGCUACUCACGCCCCUACGGGAGCGACAAGCCAUGGCCUAGCCUCCUGGACAAGGAGAGGGAAGAGAGCCUGCGGCAGAAGAGAUUAAGUGAGAGAGAGAGGAUUGGAGAAUUGGGAGCUCCUGAAGUAUGGGGACUUUCUCCAAAGAAUCCAGAACCAGACUCUGAUGAACAUACACCAGUAGAGGACGAAGAGCCAAAGAAAAGCACCACUUCAGCUUCUACUUCAGAAGAAGAAAAGAAGAAGAAGAAGAAGUCUAGUCAUUCAAAAGAAAGAUCCAAGAAAAGGAGGAAGAAAAAAUCAUCUAAAAGAAAACACAAGAAGUAUUCUGAUGAUAGUGACAGUGACUCUGAUUCUGAAACAGACUCCAGUGAUGAAGAUACAAAAAGGAGAGCAAAGAAAGCCAAGAAAAAGGAAAAGAAGAAGAAACGCAGAUCGAAGAAAUAUAAGAAAAAGAAGUCUAAGAAGAGCAGAAAAGAUUCCAGUGAUUCAAGUUCUAAAGAGUCCCAAGAAGAGUUUCUGGAGAAUCCCUGGAAGGAUCGAUCAAAGCCUGAAGAACCCUCAGAUUUGAUUGGCCCAGAGGCUCCCAAAACACUUGCCUCUCAAGAUGAUAAACCUUUGAACUAUGGCCAUGCUCUGUUACCUGGUGAAGGUGCAGCUAUGGCUGAAUAUGUAAAAGCUGGAAAACGUAUCCCACGAAGAGGUGAAAUUGGCUUGACAAGUGAAGAAAUUGCAUCAUUUGAAUGCUCGGGUUACGUAAUGAGUGGUAGCAGGCAUCGCCGAAUGGAGGCUGUGCGACUGCGAAAAGAGAACCAGAUCUAUAGUGCUGAUGAGAAGAGAGCCCUUGCAUCCUUUAACCAAGAAGAGAGACGAAAGAGAGAAAACAAGAUUCUGGCCAGUUUUCGAGAGAUGGUAUACAGAAAAACUAAAGGGAAAGAGGACAAAUAAGGAUUUUCUGAUUGUUCAUCAGACAUUUUUAACAACAAAAAAGAAAGUUUGGGUUCCAUAUAUACACACAAAAAGAUUAUCAUGAUCUGAAAAAGCUUUACAGUGCUACUGUGCCUUCUAUUUAAUUCUUUCAGUCCUUCUAUAAAAAGCUGCUUAUUGAUGUAACUUUAGCAAGCUCUUUGGGUUAUUUUGGAUUGACCAAAACAACCUUCUGGUUUAAAAAUCCAAAUUAUGAAUGAAACUCUACUGUGUUGGGGGAGGUGGCAUUGAGAGAAGGUGCUGGUGAGGUGAGAAACUGAACUCUCACACCAUGGGACAGUGCUCCCAUUAGCUCUACAUGGUGCCCACUCCCCAACCCAUCCCAACUGAACUUGUGAGAAAUUAUCAUUCCUCUAUGUUGAAUGUGUUAUAAAUGGACUUGAUAGAAACACAUAGGAGGCCACUUUUGUUAACAAAAUGAAGGCAUGGCUGAAAAAAGCAAAUCUGGAAUUUGAAGGUUGACUUGUAUAUUACAAUAUUACUGUCAGCUCUGGAAGUAAUUUGUAUUUUGAUUUUAGUCCCUACCUCCACCCCAAAACCAACAAACAAACCAAAAAGCAAACUAACCCACAGACUUGUUGAAUUGAAAAUGUGAACAUAAGUUUUAAAAUUCUUAAUAGGUUAAUUAAAAAUGGUUAUUUCAAAUAUAAAAUAUUGGGAAGUCUCCUGUUGUGCCAAUGUAAGUACAUUAUUUCCAUCUGAGCUGUGUUUAGAUCAUUAUUUGAAUACUAGAAAUGGAUGGGAGUCAACAAUGGUCAGGAGUUUAAUAAGGAAAAAUAUAAUGAGUCAUUGUUUUCAUUGUUUUAACUUGGUUGCUUCAUAAGGAUGAAGCUAAAAUGAUGUUAAACGUUUUUAAAGUCUGUCCUUUGUAAUAAGCAGAUUUCAUUUUAAGCAUUGCUAAACUUUUCAGUUUAUUUUUUACAUCUGUCAUUCAGUUUAAUCUGUAACUUCAUAUAGAACCCCUCACUUUCUCACUUUUUUAUGGCUACUGUUGGCUUUUAAGUUUGGGAGAAAUGGAAAAUUCUGGGACUGUGAGAUCGUGAUCUUUUUCCUUCCCUCCUUUUGUUAAAGUUUAGUUGUUAGGACAUACGAGCGAAGGGGGAGGGGAUAGUAGAAGUUUUGGCUGUUUUUGUUAAGGUUGUUUUGAGCUGCAUUAUUAUGUGCCUAGGAUAAAUUUAAAUUAUCUGAGUGAUGGGGAAUUUCUGACUUUGCUGUUAUAAAAUGCCCUCUCUCCUUACAAUAGUUUAAAGGUUUUUUUUUUUAAAAAAGGCUUUUUUUUUUUGAAGAGUACACUGCAUUUAUUUAACCCCAUAAAUUAUAACAUCUUAACACAUGUAAAAUUUUUGUAUUUUUAAAGUGCUUUGAAAGAUAUUUUUUUUAACAAGUGGAAAAUAAUGUUCUUUAAAAGACAUCAAACUUUUAGUGGAAAAUGAUAUUACCAGAAGCAUGUAAGGAUUUGUUCAUCCUCUUCAAGAAAUGGGAUUUUUAUGUAAAAUAUAUAUGUAGCACUGAAUGCCAAAAUGAUGGGUAUGUGUGGUUGGAAUUAAAAAUGAGAUUUGCUAAUAAACCCAUCGGGAUGGUGUCUUAAGUCAAGAACGACCUUGAGAGGGGAGAGGGAGGGGCGUUGGGUAAUCAGUGCUUCCGGAGGUGAACUUCCUUGCCUUGUGAUGGGUUUGAGUUAGUGGUCAGGACAGCCAUUCAGACUGACAGUCCCCCGAACUUCUGCGGCUUCAGUGACAGGGACAGGAAUGUGGUUGACUUGAAUAUUCUUCAGGCAGCCAAAAAAGGAUUUCCACGCGGGAAGCUUCAGGGUUUUCAAAUUAGCUGGGACACCUCCAAUGUGCAGAUGCUCCUGCGUGCGGGCAGUGGGGACGGGGUGCCGUCCAGCGGUGGAACUAUAGUCUGCGUCCAGUUUCAGGUGCAGGAUGUGCUGUUUUAUGGUGACUAUCACUGAGUGCCACUGUCCGUCACACAGAGAUUGCUUUGGUGUGACCGAUGUCAGGAUCCCACCUGCCUCACUGCCCACAGAGGCCGUGACCUUUCCUGCCUCCAUAUAAACACGUAAGUGCUCCCCAGGUUGACUUCCGAUGUGAAUUAGAAUUCCAGUGAGACUUCUCGGGCGAAUGCUGAAAACAAGCUUAAAUUCUGGCCCCAAAAGCACGGAGUUAGCUAGGAUAACAUGACCUCCUUCUUGAGAAAAAUAGAUGCCUUUCUCCAAAGAGCCAUCCAAGCAAGGAGACACCCCAAAGCUUGCAGAAGCAGUGUCCAGGGGUUUCAAAUCCAACUGAAAGUUCCUCAGGCAUCCCACAAAGCUGUUUUGGGGGAGGGUCUUUGGUUUUCCUGAUGGAGACGAUCCCAGGUAAACUGGUGCUCUGAGGCUGACGGUGGAAUUUCCGGGCAAACUUCCCUCCCGGGCCCUCAGACCAUCCACAACCAAGCGCCCCCUUUCUCCAUCUUGCCCAAAUGCCACCGUGUGCCACUUCCCAUCACUGCACUUUGCUCUUGAGCUUCAGUUUUUUUCCUCCUGCACCCAGUGCAAAGACCAGACGUCCUUUCGAAAGAUAAAGAGCCAUAAAGGAGUUCUUAGUGCCUGUGUAAAACACGAGCCCUCUGGACGCCGUUGUCUGCAAGUCCACGGCAAACUGUGACCUGGGUUUCAGCAACUCCUGGGGAAGCAUGAAUAGCAAGUGGCUGGUGGGACUGUCCCCAAACCUGAGGGCUCCGUGGCUGGCCUGGGCCUCUGGAAGUGGUGGGCAAGACUGGGCAUCUCCCCUAACCUUCAAGCUCCUUGGGGAGGCGGCUGGUGUGUCACGCAAUGGCUGGUGGAUAUUGAAAAAAUUUAAAAAUUAAAAAGUAAAAAAAAUUUUUAAAUAAAUAAAUAAAUAUCUUUCAAAGCACUUUAAAAAUACAAAUAAUUUACAUGUGUUAAGAUGUUAUAAUUUAUGGGGUUAAAUAAAUGCAGUGUACUCUUCAAAAAAAAUAAAAGAAAAAAUGUUUUAAAACAAGGCAGUGAAAAUAUGCUUUAUAUACUUUAUCAAAGUACAGAUAAAAUUUUUACUACUUAACAUAUGUUCUAGGAAAAUGUCUAACUUUAACCCACAAUUAAUGAACCAAACAGCCAGUUGGCAUGUAGCAACAUUUAUGAUCCCUGAAUUUGAAGUGAUUUCGAUUUAUCAUCAUUGUUGCCUAGCCUAAUAAAUGUAUUAUUUCCAAAAGUUAAAAGGAAACUAGGUCCCAAAUUUGUGAGUCAAAAUCCAUCCACUUCCCUGUGUAAUAAAACCUAAAUUUAUAUUCCCCAUUUAAAAAUUUUGUUCUCAGGAAUUCCCUGGUGGUCCAGUGGUUAGGACUCGGCGUUUUUCACUGCCGAGGGCCCGGGUUCAAUCCCUGGUCGGGGAACUAAGAUCCCACAAGCUGCGCAGGUGGCCAAAAAAAAUUUUUUUAAAAAAAAGAAGAAAAAAUAAAAAUUUUGUUCUCUAAGAACAUUACUUUUUGUUACUGGUUCCUAGAGACUGAAUGGGUUUGUUCUCUAAUUUUCAUUCAGUAGGCAAGGUAGUUUAAAUGCAACAAUUUUGUGAUAUAUGAAUAUUGUGGAUUUUCAUUGGAUUCUUCUGUCUCCUCCACAGAAUAGAUACUCAACAAAUGCUUGUUGAAUAAAUGAAAGAAAAUAUAUUAAUUUAUUUCAGAACUUUAUCAUAUCUUUCAUCAAGGUUUUUUCAGGAAAGAUCUGCCAAAGAAUAGCUUCAGUAGCAUGUUCUUUGGGAAGGAGGAGGGAAGAAUAAAAGGGCUAAAAGUAUUUUAUUUUCAGCCUAUUAGAGUUACUGCUUCAAACUGUGUUUUAGUCACCUGAGCCAUAAGUCAAAUGGGAGGGCUAUUGUAUUUGAAAUAUAUUUUUUGUUCUCCAAGGAGACUUACCUAGUUUCCACCCUCCUCACCUGUUGCUCUGAUGAGAUUUUCCCUCCUUUUUAAUUGAUUGCACAAAUGCAACAGUUAAAAAAGAAGAAGAAAGAAAAAUUACCCCCAGUCUUACCCCAUCAAUUGUCUUUAGUAUUCUGUGUUCCCUUCCAGUGCUUGUGUAUGUAAAUACAUAUUCUGAUGUACCUGUAAGUAAUCACUCAUAAUUUUGUAUUUGGUGUUUUAAAACCUUGCAGCCAGGCAAGACAACCUCACAGGGAUGGUAGGAACGAUCUGGUGUGAGGAUGGGAAGAAGACAAGAAAUAGUAAGGGUGGCGAUUGAACCUUCCCUGUUUCAUUGCACCCAAUCCUCAAGCCACCCUGGUGCCAUCACAGUUGUAAUGCUGUGUUGUGUUAGGCAGCACGCCCAGUUUCAUAGUUUCAGAAUGUAUUGUUUAACAGUGAGGCUUAACUUGCAGUAAAUAAAGGGGUCUGUGAGUAGGGAAACGCUUCAGACUGGUUAUAUUAUGAGCUGUAGAACUGUUGCCAUUUUUCUGUUCCCUAGUUGUGCCCAUGAAAGAGGUGUGUCCAGGCUAGAGACUUAGGCUCAAAUGGGGGAACAAGCAGCCAAGGACCAAUCUCAAUUUGGUCUGACAAGUGAAUUUUAGCAACUCCCUAAACUCAGCUUUUGUACCUGUAAGACUCUGAGUGAUGCAGAUAGUGAUGGGAAAAACCUUUUAGAAAAUAGAAGACAACUUACUGGUUACUCUGCUAAUGUGAUGGAAGUUGCCAACUGGAAAAUGAAUGAAUGCAAAGAAAACCAAUGCAGCUGGAUUGUGUGCCACAAGUUUAUUAUUCAAUAAAUAUUCUGUGGUUUGAUGUGCAGUAUCGUAUUUUUAACACACUCCGAUGAGAAAUCUAUUCCUAAAAUAUUCUGGAAGAUUCUGACACUGUUGAAUUGGAAGAUAUUUGAAUUCAUUAAAAUAUAUUUGGCCUCAAUAAUGUCCCUCAGGCGUUUUUCUUGAAA